GCUGCGUCUCCAGGGCCGCAGGCGCAGGCCCAGCCUAGCCGGCCGCAGAGCGGGUUGCGGGUUGCGGGUGCGGGCGCCGCGGCCAUCGACCGCGCGGCCGCGCAGCGGACCCUGGGCGCACGUCCUGAGGCGCCGCGCGACUGGGGGAGACCACAGAACCCGAGGCCAUGUCCCAUGAAAAGAGUUUCUUGGUGUCCGGGGACAGCUACCCUCCCCCCAAUCCUGGAUAUCCUGGGGGACCCCAGCCCUCCGUGCCUCCCUACCCAGGGGCCCCUUACCCACCGCCCCCGUUCCAGCCUUCCCCCUAUGGCCAGCCAGGGUAUCCCCAGGGCCCCAGCUCCUACCCCCAGGGGGGCUACCCUCAGGGCCCCUACCCCCCAGGGGGCUACCCCCAGGGCCCCUAUCCACCAGGGGGCUACCCCCAGGGCCCCUACCCCCAAGGGGGCUACCCUCAGGGGCCGUACCCGCAGAGCCCCUUUCCCCCCAACCCCUACGGACAACCACAGGCCUUCCCGGCACAGGACCCCGGCUCACCUCAGCACGGGAACUACUACGAGGAGGGGCCCCCGUCCUACUACGACAACCAGGACUUCCCCGCCACCAACUGGGAUGACAAGAGCAUCCGGCAGGCCUUCAUCCGGAAGGUGUUCCUGGUGCUGACCCUGCAGCUGUCUGUGACUCUGGCCACCGUGGCCGUGUUCACCUUCGUUGGGAAGGUGAAGGGCUUUGUCCAGGAGAACGUCUGGGCCUACUACGUCUCCUACGCCGUCUUCUUCAUCUCCCUCGUCGUGCUCAGCUGCUGUGGGGACUUCCGGCGAAAGCACCCCUGGAACCUCGUUGCGCUGUCGAUCCUGACCGUCAGCCUGUCCUACAUGGUGGGCAUGAUCGCCAGCUUCUACAACACCGAGGCGGUCAUCAUGGCCGUGGGCAUCACCACGACCGUCUGCUUCACGGUGGUCAUCUUCUCCAUGCAGACGCGCUACGACUUCACCUCGUGCGUGGGCGUGCUGCUGGUGAGCAUGGUGGUCCUGGUCGUCUUCGCCGUCCUCUGCAUCUUCGUCCGCAGCCGCAUCCUGGAGAUCGUGUACGCCUCACUCGGCGCGCUGCUCUUCACCUGCUUCCUGGCAGUGGACACCCAGCUACUGCUGGGGAACAAGCAGCUGUCCCUGAGCCCGGAGGAGUACGUGUUUGCCGCGCUGAACCUGUACACAGACAUCAUCAACAUCUUCCUCUACAUGCUCACCAUCAUUGGCCGGGCCAAGGAGUAGCUGGCGCCCCGGCACACGCAGGGCCCCACUGCGGUGGUGUGGCCGGCCUGGACCCUGCCCCCCGGCGUGGCAGUUCCUGUGCACCUCCCCUCUCUCAUCCCCAUGCGCAGCCGGGGGCAGAGGGAGCCCCGCUCCGACCUUCCCGUGUGUACACUGCAGAAACUCCUGUUCGGACCUGCUGUGGCCAGCAUGGCCCCUUCUAGCCCUCCCACCCCGCCAAAGGGCGGCGGGGCCGGGUUUCCGUGCCACCUCCUGCCCACUCAGUGUUGCAUGAGCCCUGUCUGCCAGCCCACCCUGGGGUCUGGGGGCAACACCAGGUCCCAGGGGAGAGGGAUGGAGCCAAGAGGUGAGGGCGCACGUCUCCGCUCCUGUCCCAGCUCCGCUGCCUGGCAUAGAGUAUCCCUGUCCCUCCCCGCCCCCACGCUGCAGCGCUGCCCUCUGGGGAACCUGCGGGGUGAGGGUCUUGCCCCUGUGCUGAGCCCCGAGGGCAGAGAGAAUGGGAAUAUUUCAGGGCAGGAGAACGUCUGCCUCUCAUGUGCUGUCUUUAAAAUUCCAAUAAACGGGACCUUCUGCUCUC